GACGUAGUAAGUUUCUUACCUCAAUCUGAGUGGCGGAUGAGUAGAAGGGUUGAGAACCCUGGCGGUCGUUGUUAUCGGAAUAACGCUCUAUCGUAUGUCCGGACGCGGGAGAGGGAAAGCAAGCGGGCGACGGGGCCGCUGGUCCAACUGCAGACGCUACUGGAUGGAGGGUAAUAACGCGAACCCAGGUGGGCAAACAGCGGCGAAUUCAGUCCAGUACAGCGGUGGCAACCCCGCGACUAACGUCUACCCGCCGGGGGUGAACCCAACUCAGUUCCCCUCGACAUUCCAUGCUCCUCCUCCUGUGAUGCCCGUUAUUGGGCAGACUACGGGGUCAAGUAUGGCGCCUCCUGCGCCAGCGCAGUACCAGACGGUUGCCCCGGUGGUGAACCCCUGGAUGAUGCCUCCUUGGCAGAACGCGAGUCAGUGGCCGGUGAAUGGGCAGUGGGUGGGACAGCCCCCUAUUCCGCCACCUGCAAGUAAUCAGCAACAUAGUAAUCAAGUUCAACCCCUGAAUCAACAAGCAGUCGUUCCUCACAACCCUGGGAAUGGUCACGACACUGGGAAGGGCCCAGCUGCGAACGCUUUCCCGGGGCUGGGGAAUCGGGCAUAUUUUACGAAGGAGUAUAUGGAUAUUCUGGAGGAUAUCAAGAUGAGCAAAGCGGUGGAAGAAGCUCGGAAGAAGAUUGCCAGUGGGCGGCGUGGCGGCUUGCAAAAUCAGGAUUCGCCUGAUGAAGGCAGCAGAUCGGAAGUGCGCUCUGCGGACAAGGCGCGCUCCGCUGAUAGGAGUGAGGAAAUGAAAGCUUGGGUGAUGGCAACACUAGGUGAUUCGCAACAAGACCAAGUCAUGCUCGAAAAGGAUCGUGGUAUCAUCCGACGAAGAGAGGGUGGCACGGUGAAGCAGAAUUUGCAGCCAAGGAUGGAAUCGAGCAACGAACUGGCGGAUAUCAAGCUAAUGUUAGUUGCCCUCCUACAAGGGAUCAGUGAUGCCAAAGGAAAGGCACCGGUCAUACUACCGAAGCCGGUUAAAGAAGAAGCGAGUCCGAAAUCAGAGGGGCAUGAUGACGUCGAUAUAGCUCAGAAUGAACCCAAUGACGAGGAAGAUGAAGAUGAUGAAGGAGGGUUGGCCGCAUACAUGAAGCUGCGUCAAGAGUUCUACAGCUCCUUGCACUACACCCGUGUGCAAGAGCUUUGUAAGCAGAAGAAUAUACAGUACUUCCGGAAGGACGCAGGCGCUUGGGAGCUUGCAAGGCUGGACCUGCAGGAAUAUGCCAACUUGCUGAAGGAGGAGAAGCCGGCGCGCGGAGCCGAAUCAUCUCGACCAACCACGUCCCGCUCCAAUGGAACCGCUGACAAAGACCCCGACCUGGAUAACUCGGUAAAGGGAAACUGAAGUGGGGUUCACAUCGGGCAUUGCGCCGGGCUACAAAUAGAAUCACUAGAUUGAAGCUCGAGGUUGAGGGAGCGUUACGAGUUCUCCUAGAUCGA